UCCGAGUGUCUAAACCUUCCAUCGCUGCUACGCUGAGGAGCGGACCACUUCUAACGACUGUGCCAAGUGUCACGAAAAUCGAAAUGGAAAAGAUUAUAAGACUUGAUUAGAUGUGUGACUUUGCCUUUGCUUCUUAAGAAGUUGUCAGCAAACAAGCGGUUGAUAGUGAGAAACUACGCGGUAAAGUAUCAUGCUAAAGGACGAACGCUAAAGUUAAUGAUACCCAAAGAGGUAUUUAAAUACUUUAUAUACAUAAGAUUUGAAAAAAAUCAGGUGCAUGAAAGGACAAGGAGGACAAUUGCAUGACAACCGCUGGGACCUCUGAAUGACCGGAAAUAUUGUGUCGCAAGAAAAGCUCCCACAUCAAAGUGAGAUAGUGGUGUAAAAUAAAGUUCGUAACUUUCCAAGCGUUCUAGUCAUGGCGACUUUGAGAAUAGGCUUCAUAGGCGCUGGAAAUAUGGCACAGGCCUUUGCCAAGGGUCUUAUAGCAGCUGGUGUAACCAAGCCGCAGGGUAUCGUGGUCUCUUCGCCGAAGGUGGACCAACAUCUACUGGAUCAGAUGGCGGCCAUUGGCUGUGGGACCACCUACAACAACAGGGAAGCCGCCUCCUUCAGCGACGUCGUCGUGAUGGCCGUGAAACCAGCGGUCAUCCCGCGAGUCCUACACGACCUCCAACCCUGCGUGACACCCGCCCGACCCCUUGUGACCUCCGUAGCCCUGGGCGUGACCUUGGCCACAAUGGAAGCCAAUUUACCCCCCGAAAGCAGGGUGAUAAGGAUCAUGCCCAACACCCCGGCGCUGGUGCAGCUGGGGGCGUCUGUCUUCUGCAGAGGAGCUCACGCUACUGACGAAGAUGUACAGACAACCCGCAGGUUACUCUCUGCUGUAGGGGAGGUAGACGAAGUUCCUGAGGGGUUCCUGGACGCGGUGACCGGUCUUAGCGGCGCUGGACCGGCUUAUGUCUACUUGGCCAUUGAAGCAUUAGCAGACGGAGGAGUACGGAUGGGUCUGCCCCGACCCCUGUCUCUGAAAUUGGCGGCCCAAACAGUCAUGGGAGCGGCCAAGAUGGUUCUGGAAACUGGUAAACAUCCGGGCCAGUUGAAGGACGAAGUCUGUUCACCGGGAGCCAGGGAGGGACAUGACCUCUCACGAAAUUCUCACACUCCAACAGGCUGUACCAUCCAAGGCGUGGCUGCCCUAGAGAGAAACGGACUGAGAGCUGCCUUCAUAAGCGCAGUCCACGACGCUACGGUGAAGUCCAUCGAAACCUCGGGAAAAUGAUAGACCUAUGGUGACUGAAGAUCAGCUUUUGAAAAUUAGAUGAUUCAUAAGAAGAGAGAGGGAUGAGGAACUUGUGGAAAUAUGUUAAAUGAACAAGAUGAAGAGGAAAAUUGCAAUGAUAGACCAAUAGUGACAGAAGCUUUGAUAAAGGGAAACACGAAGAUAAAGGGAAACAUGAAAAGGAGUAGGAUGAUAUCUAAAAUAGAAAGGAAAAGGGAACUAAAGAGAAUAUAUAAGACAUAAAGAGGAACGUUUCAGAUAAAAACUGGACGUAGCAAACAGACUCACUUUGAUAUAUUCAUUAUCUCAGUCACUUACCUAAAUAAUAAUAGCUUCACUCCCAAAUGAGAUACGGUGCUAAGCUAGAUGUAAGGUGGAAAUGGUAUGAUUUUUUUUUUCAAAAGACCGGAAAGAAAGUCAUAGGAAAAAAAGUCAUAAUUAUGGCUAGGAAAAAAAAGUCACAUUAAAAACGAUUGCCCACUUGGCUACGAUGUUUUGGGAUUGGUCUAUUUCAGCUCCAAGAAAUAAAUCUGAAAACGACAGGUAUAUAUAUAUGCACUACGUAUGAGAGACAAUAGACUCUUAUCCUUCUCGUGGCAAGGUAACCCGGGUUCGUUUCCCGCUACCGGACAUCAUACUCUUCAUAUUUCUUGCGCUUGGAUCUCAAGGCUUUGUAGUGACAAGCGUAUCAAAAAAAAAAAAGAAAAAGAAAAAAAAAGCACGAAGAAUUCGAGAUGUUAAGAGGGUAUUGUGGCUAUUACAAUUACAUAUGUAUCUGGUAAAAAAUUAUCAAUAGAUUCUACAUACAUACAUGCACACACACACAUAGGUAUAUAUUGAUUCAGAAGUGGACAUAAUUUUUAAAAUACAUUUUUAUAUAGCUUUUGUAAUAGAUAUAUUAUAAUAUUAUCAUUGCUAUUAUUGUUAGCAUGUUUGUUCUUGUUGUACUUAUUAUAAUAAUUAUUAACAAUAAACAAACUAACUGAA